AUGGCUCAUCAGCUGAGCCGGGUCAAGCGGGAGCAGCUUCGAAAGCGCCUCGUCAACAUCCAGCGCCGCCACCACGAAUUUUGGGUUCUGUAUGGUAUCAAAAUCUGGCUCGACAUGGAACUCCCUGAUGGACGACUGUUUGGCUACCACUCGCACCCCCACCUCCCAUUGCCGGCUGCGGAUAAAAUGGAUAAGAAGCGUGUAGUCAUGCGAACUCCCCACGAUUAUGGAUCGACUGCUUAUAUGCGUACCGUCAAACCAAAGCGCCCCGCCCACAAUCCAGGCCAUAAGCGCAAUAUCUGGGAAGAACUAGCACAAUACCUGGAAAGUGCAGAAGCAGAAGUUGACAUCGUCGAAUCAUGUUGA